AUCCUGCUGCUCUCGUCCGAAGAAGCCAAAACGGCAGCGGCCAGAGCCAGAAUCGAACGGCUUUUCAUGCUCGACGGCGGAAGGAAUGUAGCCGUGAUGCUGCUCCUGGAACAGAGUGGACGUGUGGACUCGCUGGUUGACCUGCAGAUGAGCAUCGUGACGCACGGCAUGGCCUCCGUACCCAUAAUCCCCAUGUCGUCUGCAGCGGAACUAGUCGGACGCUUGGAUGCCUUGCGCCGUCAGUGUGUGCAAGUCCAUGCUGGCAGCGUUUCGCGUCGCAGCCAUGCCGAUGAAGUAGCGGAGAUGCGCGGGCUCGCAUCGCAUUGCGUGCACGGCCAGGCUCUCCCUCAGGAACAUGUGGAUAUCUUGACUGAUGUUUCGGCGGGAUUGGGGAGCUUGGCACAGCUUGUGUUUAGUGCAGAGGGACAGAGGAAGAUUUGCGACUUGCUUGGCGAUGCGCAGGGCAGCAGAGUGAUUUCAUUCUUUACGCAU